UGUGAUAAACUUAUUAAAUAGUUGGACUGUGGUGCUUAUGAAUGCGAUGCAAGCAGUCCUUCUAGACUCUCUGGACGACCUGGGCUAUGAGAAGCCAGCAGGCUUGGAGGACUCGGAUCUGCUGCAAGCGUACAGCCUGUUUUCGAAGUCGGAGGAAUGUCGCCGUUUAAUCAUAUGGCUAACACAGGAACUGCAAUUCGUGAACAAUUUCAACGAAUGUGUUCAUGACGAAUCACUCACACAUGAAGAUUCAUUCAAAAUGGAGUUGUCCGCGUUUUUGCGUGAAUUUGAUUACCUCGAAGAUAUUUCUGAAGGCGACAGUUGCUUGCAGUUCUUGCAGCACCUCUGUUCUGAACUAAUGUGUGGGCGGAUGUUGCUGCACAGAGACCAAGCCAGACUAUCUAAAUUGAGUGACGUCAGCAGCAGAGCCACUGAGCCUGUGCAGUGUCUAGUAUCCAUCAUGAAGUGUCUUGGCAUAAAACCACCCCCAAAGGGAGUCACGACCACCCAACUGUUCACUGUGAUCCAGCAGAAGUUGGCAGAGCGGUCGAAAGCAGUGCCUCCCAACCUGCUGUCGAUGCGAGUGAUAAAGCAGCAGUUGGGUCCAGUCCAGUUUCAGCAGCUGGAGGAGUUGAACGAUGUGAUGACGAGGGAGUACUCCAUCCGGCGACAGAUGUUGCUGAAGAGACUGGACUGUACAAUUGAGUCGUUCGGAUGGACUGAUCGCAUGAAAGGUCACGUUCCAAAAAUCAAGGAAGCUUUCGAACCUCGACGAGCUGUGUUGUCUGCUGAAUCGACAAUAGGCAUCCCACACCUACUAGCCGCACGAGACGAUAUCCUGCGCUACUACAAAACUUCCUCCUCUAUACUUCGCAAAAACACAAUCAGCAAGCUGAACAAAGUUAUGAUGGGUUCAGUUCCCGACAGGGGCGGAAGACCUCAUGAAACCGCUCCGCCCCCGGAAGAAAUGCCCGCUUUUAAGAAACGAGAAGCCCCACUGCCUGACGCGGGUGGAAGGGGAGGAGGGUUUGGCCAAGGAAGAGGGAGGGGAGGCGCUGGCGGCCGAGUACAAGACAGAAAUUGGCAACAAAGGGGGGACGGAAAUCGCGGAGGAGGAGGGGGCUAUAAUCAGAACCAUUAUCAACAAGGGGGUUCAGGUGGAUACUACAGUGAAGGAGGAGAUGGAGGGGGCGGUGGAUACAAUAGUCCAGGCGGUGGUUAUCGUGGAGGGAGUGGGGGUAGGGGUGGGGGCUAUAAUAGCAGACAGAACAGUGGGAGAGGACGAGGAGGGGGCAAUCAGUAUUACUAUUGAGUCUUUAGCCUUAUGGGAAAAGUUUUGAUUAUUGUUGAACUUGAACUUUAGAACUGUCUCCGUGAACUCCUUUUGUUUUUUUUUCUCUUUCAAACAUAUGAGAACAUAUGUUAAAUGUGUUGAUUAUAAAUCUAUUUAUCUUAAUUGGGUUAAGAAAAAUAAAGCUACUUAGAA